CAUGAGGGAAACGCGCACUCUCGGCAUGGAUAUCUACUUAGGCAGGCCGCAAAGAGAGAAAAGGGACAGGGUCAGACUCAGGAGCGCGGUGCCUCGCGCAGCAGCCUUCCGGGGAACAUUUCCGCGCCAGGGGUUGUCUCGCACGCUCUUCCCCUGUCUGUUCUUCCUGCCGCUUUGCGCAACGACGGGUCCAUGUGGCAUCCCAACCGCGCUACCAAGUUUGCGGUAAUACAAAGCCACACAUUUGGUGUCCUCUCUCACCAGCGUCCUCAACAAGCGUCAAGCCCCGAGGCCUCACCCGUCUGCAUAGCCUCGACAUCCGAAAUACGCCUCAACCCUCAGACCGUCCGAUCCACGCUUCACCGGCCCGGCGGUCACCCCUUCCCAGCCAUCUCACCCAUCAAAACUGUCCGGAUUCACUCCCAAAAUAAAAACUUCGCCCAGCUGAUAUCGUCGACUCACGCCAUAACGCAGGAUAAAUCCCUGUGUAAGCGGCAUCGUCCCGAGAAACCGGCUCUAACUCUGCUUGUCGACCUCCGCCACCACUUUGGAGGUACGGACCUGACACCGGGGAACUCGAAGCUCAAGCCGUCAAACUCUCGUACCGCACUGUCGUUGUCCGUCGGUGUAGGCCGCCGCUCCUCCUCAGUAUCUUCCUCCGACUCCUACCGCUCAAGAUCUCGCUCUCGUUCCCGCUCACCACCGCGCUCCCGCUCCUCCUCCGCCGGCCCUCACCCCCGCAACGCCAGACGGAGCUACAACAACAACAAAAACCACCGCCCGCGCCUCCCCAAGAAGAAGCCCUCCUUCAAGACGACGGCAGUCCUCAUUGCCGCCAUCGCCGUCGCCACCAUCUGCAUCCACCGCGUCUGGCACAAACGCAAACACCCAGAGGUCCGCGGCCCCCACUGGGACACCCUCAACGCCCCCGGCCGCCACUCCCGCCGCCGCAACGUCGUCCGCGACAGACACAACGGGUACGUUCCCGAGUACGACCGCCCUCCGCGGAGGCUGCCGCCGCGCAGGGGGUCGCGGUACUAUGAAGACGAGAGUGACGGGUAUUUCUCCGAUUACAACCCUCCGCCCAGGACGUACCGCCUUGCUGAGGAGCCAAGAGGGCAGAGGCUGACGGAAGAGGCCAUCAUGGGGCCGCCAAGAGAUGAGAUUGUGAGGUAUGCGAAGACGUCUGCGAGGUCGGAGGCAGAAAGUAGUAAGAGGUUUUUUGACGAGGAUAAUCGUUCGAGGAGGGUGGAGGAUGCUGUAGAAGACUGGAGUAGGAGAGGCGCAGCCCGAUUUCCGUCUCCUGAUGGGCGAAGGCCGGAAACUGUGUACGAUGAUAGGAGGUCGAGGCGACGGUCAGAUUACUACUGA